AUGGACGACCCAGCGUCUACCGAUACCGUGGCCGCUCGUAGACACGCGAACGCCCUCCGCCCCAUCUCCAAGCUUCCACCGGAGCUCCUCGCCCGCAUCUUCUGCGCGUACGCUGCCCUACCCAAGUAUAACGAGGCCCCGUCAGCGGCCGAAUACUCGUUGGAGGACAAAGUCAUCAGCUAUCGGCGUCAGAUAGGGACCGGAUGGUUGGAUAUCGUUCAAGUCUGCCACGAGUGGCGCGAGACUGCGUUCGAGUGCCCCGCCCUGUGGUCGAGCGUGCCACUUCCGCUCGAUUGGGGCCAGCACUGGGCGCGCCAGUUUUCUGCUCGCUCUGGAGCUCUCCCUAUCGACAUUGUCGUGGGCCGGGAGCCAGAGAGAAGGGGACUAAUGGGCGAUUGGGUCGAGGAUUUCGUCAAGGCUCACAAGUUUCGCCUUCGAAAGCUGGUCGUCGGGUUCUUUGUGGUUGAUAAGAACUGGAUCCACGAGCUCGACGUCGACACCCCCGUUUUAACACACGUCGACGCCGGUUACUCCUACUCUUGGCCCGGAGACUACGCGGAAUAUAUACACGGUGGUUCUUUCGCAGCGCCUAAGCUACGCGACCUCGUACUCUUCAGUUUUUCCCCCGAUCUAUCUCGGGCGUCGUGGCCGAAUCUCAGGAAUUUGCAGCUGGGAGGCCGUGAACCGUCGGUCGACGUCUCUCUCCUCCUAUCCGCCCUUGCUACAGCUCCUCUCUUGGAACGCCUCCUGAUUGGCCAAGUCCACCGUGCCUCUCCGACCUCUACGCAGUCAACCAUCCCCAUGAUCCACCUCGAUCACUUGGAACGCAUGGAUGUGACCGGCCAGUUCGGCGGCGUCAUGACCGUCUGGAAAACGCUUGUCGUUCCGUCUUCGGCCAUGGUCCGGUUCUCGUUUGAGGAGCCCACGGAUGAGGAUGAUCGCGAAGGAGACUUGAAUACAGUCUUGACUGCGACGCGCCGACACAUGGAUCGCUCGGUACACCCUCUUCCAGGCCUUUCUCUCCAGUCAUACCAGGACACCAUCACCAUCGCCGCCUAUAGAGAACGCGAGGAUUCAGAGGAUAUACUACCAUUCAAGGAGGAUACAAGCGUCAUCAAAGUGGAAUACUACCAGUGCUCUUCAUACGAGCUUCCCUCCGUCAUGCGUGCGCUGCCCAUGCACGCUUGUAAAUAUCUGCAACUCUCCGCGAUGAUCGAACGGUUCUGGUGGGACCGCGUCCUGGCAGAGACGGCGCACAUCGAGGCGCUUUGCUUGUCCGAUUCCAACCCGGAAACGACCGAGAACUUGGCAAAGGCUGUGUCGUACUCCUUCGACGACAAGGGCGAAACCGACUCUACGUUCUUCCCUCGUCUUCACACAUUGCACCUAUACCGUGUUCUAUAUGGCUCUCGGAGUGACAGUUCUCAACCGGAUGUCGUCCCUCCGGCGUUGGUUGCAUUGCGCGAGUGGCUUGAGCGGCGGGAUCACUGCGGCGUACGGAAGCUCAGGAUUCAGGGAUGCAGCGUGUUUCCCGAAUGGGUGGAUAUGUUCAGACAGAUUGAUGGUCUGGCUGUUGAAUGGGAUGGAGAUGUCCGGCUCUGCAUGGGACCUAGUCUUGGUGCUACCUCGUAG